UUGAACGCAUCAGUAUGGGAGUCAUAAUGAUGAACUGCAUAACACUUGGAAUGUAUAGGCCGUGCCUGGAUCAGGUCUGUAACUCUACAAGAUGUAAAAUGCUUGAGCUUUGCGACCAUUUUAUUUUUGUCUUUUUCACUGUGGAAAUGAUUAUCAAAAUGAUAGCUAUGGGACUCAUUGGAAAAUUAACCUUUUUGGCUGAUUCAUGGAAUCGGCUAGACUGUUUCAUUGUCCUGGCAGGAGUUGCAGAGUAUAUUUUGACCAAUUCAGUGGAAUAUGCAGUAGACACAGAAAACCUCAGUAUAUCUGCAAUCAGAACUAUACGAGUAUUGCGGCCACUUCGAGCAAUCAACCGUAUUCCAAGUAUGCGGAUAUUGGUGAUGCUGUUGCUCGACACACUCCCCAUGUUGGGAAAUGUACUUCUGCUUUGUUUUUUUGUAUUUUUUAUUUUUGGAAUUAUUGGUGUACAGUUAUGGGCUGGUGUGCUCCGAAAUCGUUGUUUCUUAAACCUUAGUGCAAAUAUAUCGGUUCCUUCAAAAAUGAAUGUGAACCCAUAUUACAAACCUCGGUUUGGAGACUACAUUUGCAGUAAACCUGGUGAAUCAGGAAUGCGAAAAUGUUCGAAUUUACCCUUAUUUUCUUAUGAAGGUAUAAAGUGCAAUGCAAGUGCCAAGGCCAACAAUAACAAUAAUCCUGCAAAUGAUUCUUGUGUCAACUGGAAUCAGUAUUACACAAGCUGUGAAACGGGGGACAAAAAUCCAUUUAGGGGGGCAAUAUCUUUUGAUAACAUAGGUUUAGCAUGGGUUGCCAUCUUUCAGGUUAUAAGUCUAGAGAGCUGGGUAAACAUUAUGUACUAUGUACAGGAUGCACACUCAUUUUGGGACUGGGUCUAUUUUGUAGCACUAAUAGUGAUUGGUUCUUUUUUUAUGAUAAAUUUAUGCUUAGUUGUCAUAGCAACACAAUUUUCUGAAACAAAAAAGCGUGAAACUGAGAGAAUGUUGCAAGAGAGAAAACGUUUCCAAUCAUCAAGUACAUUAGCGAGUAAUUCCGAACCUGGAAGUUGUUAUGCCGAAAUUCUUAAAUACAUUGCACACUUAUGGAGACGAACGAAACGGAAGAUUAUGAAACGAUAUUUUGAUUCUCGGGGUAAACGUCAGAGGAAGAUUAACCCCGAAAAAGCAAUAUCUUUGCAACGAAAAAAAAUGAAAAAGAAAGGGAUGCAACCAACUAUGUACCUCCAUCGCCCUCACUAUCGCCAUCACAUUCACUCUUGCCUUAUUGCUAAUCUGGACAACCAGCAGUUACACACAGACAACAGUGCUCAGGCACCCAGAGCAAGCCCAGAAGUAUCUGAUGUAGACCCUGUCUCAUCGCCACGUAGGCCCAAUUUUUUGACAUUACCAAGUAGCAACAACAGCAGUUUGAACCCUUCAUCUGAGUCUUUAGUGCCAAACCCAUCUGGAAUUAUCUGUAGUGGUUGCCAGUCUGCAGCAGGGUCCAGUCUUGGUCAACCAAGUGAUCUGACCUCAGGCCAACCUUACAAACCUGCAUCCUCAUCAAAUUAUUUACACAUGAUUUCAUCUGCAGGUCCGUGUGUAACGGUUAGCCGAGCAGCUUCAUUCAACAGUGGAAUGACUCAAAGAAGUAGCCGAAAUGUACCUUGGUUACCUGAAGUUUUGACAGUACCUGGCAGUAAAAAUACUGUCUUAGCACCUCCUAAUGCACUAACAUCAGAUCUCGAUGUGAAAUCCCAAUCUGUAAGCGAACAAGGAGCCCUCGCUGAAAGUCUCCUUGUUGAUAUCUUGGGAGAAAAGCGCUUGUCUGCACCGCAGCUCACAUGCAUUCACAAUGAAUGUGAUGCACAUCUUAGUCAUUUCUCACAUUCUGAACAAGAGGUGACAGACAGUGGUGAAAGUGACAUAGAAGGAGAGUGGAGAGAAGAAACAGUUAUACCAAACAAGUGGACAAAAUUCAUGAAAAAUGAAAUUUUAACAAAAUCACAAGGAUACUUGAAGAAGGCAGUGGAAAGCAAAAUAUUCCAGCGAGGAAUACUACUUGCCAUCUUAAUUAAUACUCUUAGCAUGGGAAUUGAAUAUCAUAACCAGCCAGAAGAAUUGACACAAGCAUUAGAAUACAGCAAUAUAGUCUUCAGUUUUCUUUUUGCUGUUGAGAUGCUGCUCAAAGUUGCAGCAUAUGGUCUUUUUGGAUAUAUUAGUGACGGGUUCAAUUUAUUUGACGGAUUUAUUGUAGUAUUAAGCAUCAUAGAACUUGCACAAGACGGUGCUGGUGGUUUAUCAGUUUUACGUACAUUCAGAUUACUGAGGAUUCUGAAAUUGGUACGCUUCCUUCCUGCACUCCGAAGACAACUCAUCGUCAUGUUAAGAACCAUGGAUAAUGUUGCUACUUUCUUUGCACUACUUAUUUUAUUUAUGUUUAUAUUCAGCAUCCUUGGAAUGAACUUAUUUGGGUGUAAAUUUUGUGGCCAGAAAAGGAUAAUGUCCACGCAGACGUACUCAUAUGCCCACCACAACUGUAGUCGAAAGAAUUUCGACUCCUUACUCUGGUCAAUCCUUACUGUGUUUCAGGUUCUUACCCAAGAAGAUUGGAACACGGUCCUAUAUAAUGGGAUGGAUAAAACGUCCGCAUGGGCAUCCCUUUAUUUCAUUGCGCUAAUGACUUUUGGAAAUUAUGUGCUCUUUAAUCUCCUUGUUGCUAUUCUCGUCGAGGGGUUUUCUACAGAGGAAGAUGAGAAAAAAAGAGAAAAAGAAAAGAAUAAAGUUACUGAAAAUAAUAAUAAUGAGGAAGUGAAGGAAUCUCUGCAAAUGAAUGAGUGUGAGAUUCAUGAAAAAAAUAAUCAAGAAAAAGAAAAGAAGAUGUUAGCAUUGCCUUGUGCAGGUGCAACAGAUCCUUUGACUUCCUCAAUGCAUAUUUGUUUAUCACGAGAACUAGCAGCGAUACCUUUGCCUGAUGGUCCAGGCAACCCCCCUAUCAUCACCCAUACAGCAGCAACACCCAUGGCCACACCCCAAGGUUCCCCGAAUGAGAUGCUUACCAAAGACACUAACAACAAAUUAUCUGUAAUCAGACCAGUACUUCAGCGCCAAUCAACAGUUCAUCGGAGUUCCUUAUCAGUUGAAUCCUCCGACAGAUCAUCGGUUUCACUUAGUUUCCGAGGUUCACCAAGACCAUCACCCCGUCUCCGUCGAACAAGCAGUCGAGGAAGUACUCGUAGCAGUUGGCGCUUGAAACACAGAAAGAAGGAAGGUGACAAGACUAAUCUAAUGAUUGACAGUCCAUCCGACAGUACAGAUGAACUUGAAGACGAUGUCUUUAGUAACAAGUCAAUUUCUCCAAUAUACAGCCCAGGAACACCUAAAUCUGCCACAAAUCACAGCUUUUCAGUCACAUAUAUCUUCAGUGAAUGUAAUGGCCAACCCCCUUUGAACAAUCAACGAACUCUCAGUCCACAGAAUUCUAUCAAAAGCCAGCAUGCAUUAAGUCGACAAAACUCUAUCAAAAGCCAUCAUUCUUUUACAUCCAAGAACUCAAUAAGAGGCAAUCGCAGCUGGAGCCGAAAUAACUCAAUCAGUAGUUCAUAUAGCAUUCAUCGGUCAUUCAGUCUCCAUCGUGAAAAUUCUCUCAAAAGUCACCACACACACAACUCCACUUCCAGCAGUACAUUCAAAGAAGAAUACAAAUUGAACAAUUUAAGCUCUGAACUGCCUGUUGCGAAAACAGCAGCUGAUAAAUGUCUUGAAGAACUUGAAGAUGACCCAGAUGCUAUUGAUGAAACAGUAAAAAAUAAAAAGAAGAACUGCGUUUGUUCAUGGUGUCCAGAACCCAAAGGAUGUUUUAAAGAAAGGGAAGAAUAUGCUCUCUAUGUGCUUUCACCUUCAAACACAUUAAGAAGAUUGUGUCAUCAUAUGAUUUCAAGACGCUGGUUUGACUACUCAGUUCUCUUUUUCAUUGCCCUAAACUGUAUAACACUUGCAAUGGAAAGACCAAACAUCCCAUCAGGUAGCACAGAGCGAUUAUUUCUCACUUAUUCUAAUUAUGGCUUUACUGUGAUAUUUUCAUUGGAGAUGACAUUAAAAGUUCUGGCCAAAGGCUGGAUAAUAGGAAGACAUGCAUAUUUGAAAAGUGGCUGGAAUAUAAUGGAUGGUUUUUUAGUAAUUAUUUCCCUUAUCGACAUCACUAUCUCUUGUACGGCACAGAGUAGUCCAAGAAUCUUUGGAAUUUUACGAGUGUUUAGAUUGCUACGAACCCUGAGGCCACUACGAGUGAUCAGCCGAGCACCAGGGUUAAAAUUAGUAGUGCAGACUCUAUUGUCUUCUCUGAGACCGAUUGGAAACAUCGUGCUUAUAUGUUGCACAUUCUUUAUCAUAUUUGGAAUUUUAGGUGUGCAACUUUUUAAGGGAACAUUUCACUAUUGUCAUGGCCCAUACGUCCAGAAUGUUACCAACAAAACGGACUGCAUGAAAGAUCCUAGAAACCGUUGGCGCAACCAAAAGUACAACUUUGAUAACUUAGGCCAGGCUUUGAUGGCUUUGUUUGUCCUGGCCUCAAAAGAUGGCUGGGUUAGCAUUAUGUACACAGGCUUAGACGCUGUCGGUGUGGAUCUUCAGCCAAAAGAAAACUACAAUGAAUGGCGCCUACUCUAUUUCAUUUCCUUCCUCCUUCUUGUUGGCUUCUUUGUAUUAAAUAUGUUUGUUGGUGUUGUUGUUGAAAAUUUCCACAAGUGCCGUGAAAGCCAAGAACAAGAGGAGAGAGCACGAAGAGAUGCAAAACGCAAGCAGAAAAUGGAGAAAAAGAAAAAAAAAUUGCGGGAACCACCAUACUGGGCUUCCUAUUCACGUGCAAGGCUAUUGAUACAUACUGUAAUCAACAGUAAAUACUUUGAUUUAGCCAUUGCGGGUGUGAUUGGUCUCAAUGUCAUAACUAUGGCAACAGAGUAUUAUCUUAUGCCAGAAGGCUUAGAGUUUGCUUUGAAAAUUUUUAACUAUUUUUUUACCAGUGUUUUUAUUUUGGAAGCCACUAUGAAAAUGGUAGCACUGGGCUUCAUGAGAUACAUGAGAGAACGUUGGAAUCAGUUAGAUACAGCAAUUGUGAUUUUAUCUGUGGUGGGAAUAGUUCUAGAAGAAAUGGAAAGUAAUGUAAUUCCAAUGAACCCUACAAUCAUUCGUGUCAUGAGGGUGUUACGAAUUGCCAGAGUUCUAAAACUCUUGAAAAUGGCAAAAGGAAUCCGUGCCUUGCUAGAUACUGUGAUGCAAGCCCUACCCCAAGUUGGAAAUCUUGGCCUAUUAUUUUUUUUACUAUUUUUUAUUUUUGCUGCUCUUGGAGUUGAGCUGUUUGGAAGAUUAGAUUGCUCAGAAGAACAUCCAUGUGAAGGACUCGGGGAUCAUGCACAUUUUAGGCAUUUUGGAAUGGCAUUUCUCACUUUAUUCCAAAUUGCAACAGGAGAUAACUGGAAUGGAAUCAUGAAAGAUACCUUGAGGGAAGAUUGUGAUGCAUCUGACGACUGCGAAAAGAACUGCUGUGUUAGCCCCAUUAUUGCUCCCGUUUACUUCGUUGUUUUUGUUUUGAUGGCGCAGUUUGUCCUAGUCAAUGUUGUCGUCGCAGUUCUCAUGAAGCAUCUCGAAGAGACUUACAAAUACAAAGAACUAGAUGAUGACAUUGAGGAAGAAUUUAGGCAAGAACUGCGCGAUAUUCUCGUACGAGAGAAACAGGAGAUGUACGAAUUGAAGGAGUCUCACAAGCAUAUGGAUGAGGAUGCUGAUUUUGAAGCUGAACUUGAGGCUCUCAGCAAAGCACAGGAACAAGCAGCUCUUAACAAUUUAAAAAAUCCUAAACCAAUACAAGAAAUUGAGGAAAAACCAUCGAUAGUAAUGACAACAGUCGCCGACACGAUGCCUUCUGUCAACACAGGGGACACACUUGAAGUGACUUGCAUAGAAGAAGAUGAAAAUGAAUUGAAAGUGAGAAAUGCUGUAACCAAGCAAAUUUCACUGCCUCCAAAUUUUACCUUUAAUGUAAGACCCCCAAGUGGUGAGCCACAACUGCUCGAUGAUAAUGAUGAUGCUACACCAGGAACAAGUACUGGAAUAGGUCUUUAUUGUGGUCCUGACUGUUCGUCUUUAGCCGUGGAUAAUUCAGCUUUUCAAAUGAUGUGUCCAGCGACCUACAGUUCGUCGACAUCAUCAAGCUCAGGAUCAAAUAGUGCUUUGAAAGGAGUAUAUAUACAAACAAUGCCUACUGAUCGAACAGACCAAGAUCUAGACCAAACAAAACAAUUAACUGCUACACCUAGGAGAAAUUCUCUUAAGUGGCCAUGGAAUUUUGUCAAUCAAAGUUUUCCUAACGUACAGCAUUCAUCCGAUGGAGAGUUUGAUCCAAGACACAGUUCUCAACAACAUGCACGUUCACACCCUCACCUUGGACAUAAUUUAAAUUUUUUAGAUAUUAACAAAAUUGACUCACCCUCUAAACGUCAUUCACGUCACUUACUUCGGAGUCAAAGUACUGGAGCCAAAUAUACAAGAAUCAGAGAUAAAUUCUUAAAAACAAAAUGCGCAUCAACAGAAGAUAGUACAGUUGCUCUUUUUCAUUCAAAACAGCAGCCACACUGUACUUAUGGACAAGAUUCAGUGGAAUCAGCAUCUGAGUUUGAUGAAACAAUGUCAAAUGAUUGGGCUGAUGAAGAAGCUGAAUGUGAUGAAGAGGUUAAAAAAAUUACUGGGGAAGAAGAGGAUGAUGAUGUGAAACCAACACUUAGUGUUUAUGCAUCACAAGAGUCUGAAAAUGUAUUCUCAGAACUUUCACAGCAUUCUCCCUCACUGACUCUAACUGAGAUAAGUGACAGCACACAGCUACUUCACAACAUAGGUUAUAAUACUGAACACUUGCAACAGUGUCAAUCAAAAACUGGUACUGCUACCUCCAGCCGAGAAAACAAUUUGCACAUGUUAGACUAUCCUUACCAUUCUCGAAGCGGAAGCAGUCAGCCAGGAAUUGAUAACUCUAGUUUUGUUUUGGGGGAGACAUCAAAUAACUCAAAUGAUACAGAGGGGGCUGCUGGAACAGGUUCGUCUCUUCUGGAAUCCCAGUCAACGCACUCUGAUGUGGAACUUGCUGCUGAACCCAAAGACUUUCUCCCAACUGCCACCUUAAAAGCAAGUAAUGCUACAAGCAGCCCAAGCAAUGUCCAUGUCAGUGACAAUACUCCUGUUCCCAGCACAUCAGUAGGAUUAACUAAUUUGUCAGUUGAAGAGACGCACUUGAUGGUGCCAUCAUCACAGCAACAGGUGCAACAUUCUAUUCCAACACUGCCCUCUCGUAGACUUAGCUGUGUCAGUUCAACAAGUUCUUCAAUCGAACAAUUUUAUGAUAGUGCCACUAACCCUGGUUAUCAAGAUAUUGAAAUAUUUGGAGAGUGAGUAUUCUUUCAUCAUAUGCUUUUAUUUUGUUUUUAUUUCUUUUCUUUCACUGAGAAAUAAAAUAUAACAAAAUAUUUAUUCAUUAACCAAAAUCCCACGCACAUAGACCCAGACACAGACACACAUGUACAAACAUACA